AUGACUAAAUUAUGUAUAUGUCAAAUUUGUACCUGUGGGAAACAUCGUUGUCCACAUCGUCCUUAUGGUAUUAUUGGUAAAGGUGAUCAAGAUUGUGCGGUAACUGAAUAUCGUUCGGAAUUCAUUCCUCGUCAAGGUGGUGUACGAGAAUCAUUCAAACCUGAAUAUAAUUUACAAUUAAGUACAGCACGUUUGGAUGAUGAAACAACACAUAAACAUGAUUUUAUUCAACACUCACUUUAUCAACAACAUUCCUAUAAACCACACGAAGUUUAUGUUAAACAAGGAGAUUUUGAUUCGGCAACUAGUUAUAAUACUGAAUACACACCCAAAGGCGGUGAACGAGCUCAAAUGAUUAGACAUGAAGAUCAUCGAUCAGCACAACUUCCAUUUGAAGGCAAUCCAACAUAUCGAAGUGAUUAUCGUAAAUGGGAAAGUGGUCGAACUGAAGCCAUCCGACACGAUGGUGGAUAUAUUCCACCAACAGCUCCAUUUGGAGGUGAAAGUACAUAUACAACAGAUUUUUUAAAACAUCAAGGAGCAAUGCGUCAAGCUAUUCGACCUGAUCAAUCUAUCUUAGCAUCUCAUGAUCCAUUUGAUGAUCGUACUGGUUAUCGUUCAGAUUAUAUUCAACAUCCACAACAAGAACGUUUUCAACGUAUAAGAGAUGAAUAUGUUCCAAAUCAAGCUUCUUUAGAUUCAUUAACAACACAUCGAAGAGAUUUUACACCAAAAGAUGCUGAUCGAACACGUUCAAUGAAACCUGAUCAACAAGGUUUUCGAUCAGAUGCCCGUUUUGAUGAUACAACAACAAAUAAAACAGAUUAUAAACCAUGGGAAGUACAUCCGAUUCAAACACAUAGACCUGAUGUCUAUCGAGGAGUAAAUGGUGAAAUGGAUUUAAAUACAAUGUAUAAUUCAGAAUUUACACCAAAAUCAUUUUCAAAAGUUGCAGCAAUUAGACCAAUUGAAAGACGUGGAACUGAUGCUAAAUUUGAAGGAAAUACAACUUAUUUAGGUGAUUAUAAACAAUGGCCUGAAGGACGACAAGCAGCUAUACGAGGACAAAAUGGUUAUAUACCUCCAAGUGCACCCUUUGAAGGAAUGUCAACAUAUCGAGGUCAUUAUAUUCAACAUGAUGGUGAAAUGCAACGUUCAUUUAAACCUGAUGGUAUUGCCUACAGAUCAACAGUUCCAUUUGAUGAUACGACUAUGUACAAAACUGAAUAUACUAAAAAAGAAAUUGAACCUUGUCCAGCUACUUUUCUUGAAACACCAAGAAGUAAUUUUGUUCUUCAUCAUGUCGAACCAACUGGUCAUAAAUUUUAUGAAUCACAGAAUGGAACAUAUCAACCACAAUAUCAACAACCUCUUGCAGUUUAA